CCACCCUUUUUAUCUCCAUUCUCACAAGUCUCAACUUGACCAAAACUUUAAGCUAAAUAAAUGCUGAGAACUAUAACAAGAAUCCGCGGAGGGCGGGCCGCGCUUUAAAGCUGCUGUGAGAACGGCUACAGCAGGGAUUGUACAGUUGUUUGCUCUCGGUGGUGUGUCUGGAACCCCCGACAAGGAUUACAAUAUGAGCAGCAACGACAGAUUUGAGAUGGACUCCAUGAAUGAGACAGAGGACGAGGGUGAUCCUCAAUACGGCAUGAUUGAAGAGCAAGUUGUUUACCCCGAGGAGUUUUUACCAACAUACCAUAGCAUAAGUAUUAAAGAAGGAACAGUAACCAAAGCACAACUGACAGAGUUUAAUAACAAACCCGACUCCUUGUUCUUUAAUGAUGGCGUGAGGAGGAUCGACUUCAUCCUGGUCUAUGAAGAUGAGGACAAGAAGGACUUUGAGAAGAGGCACACGUACCAGCGGCGCAAGAGACGGCGCGAGUUCUUUGAGGCCAGCCUGAUGAAGAUGGGAAUGGAGCUGGAGGCAACACCAUCUGUGCUAGAUGACAAACUGCUGUUUGUGAAAGUCCACAUGCCGUGGGAGGUUCUGUGCACCUACGCCGAGGUCCUGCACAUCAAGCUUCCCAUCCAGCCCAACGACCUGUCCUCCCGCCCCUCCCCUUGGCGCUUUUUGUCCUGCAUCACCAAGCACUUCUACCCCAACGAGGACCUGAUCAGCAAGGAGUCCGAGUUCUUCACAGCCCCCUUUGAGAAAGGUCGCCUGGAGUUCUUUUACAUGAAGGACAAAGACAACUUCUUCACGCCGUCCAUGAGGAGCAGGAUGGCAAAUUACAUCCUGAGUCGUGCUCCCUAUGAAAUAAGAGGGAGCAUAAAGAAGUUUGGCAUCACUAAACUGCUGGAUGGCGGAGUGUACAAAGCAGCCUAUCCCCUCCAUGACUGCAGGUUCAAUGUCAAGUCAAAAGAAGAGGGCUGCCCCAACGAGAGAUAUCUGCUCUAUGAAGAAUGGGCUCACCCCAAAAGCUUCUACAAAAUGCAACCACUUGACCUCAUAAGGAAGUAUUAUGGGGAGAAGGUCGGCAUUUACUUUGCCUGGUUGGGUUUCUACACAAUGAUGCUCGUUCUGGCUGCUGUCGUGGGACUGGGCUGUUUCAUUUAUGGAUACAGGACCCGAGACACCAGCACCUGGAGCAAGGAGGUGUGCGACCCUAAGAUUGGAGGGAGUAUUGUGAUGUGUCCACAGUGCGACAAGGAAUGUACAUACUGGUUUUUGAACAGCACCUGUGAAUCUUCCAAAAAACUUUGUAUAUUUGAUAACUUCGGAACCCUGGUAUUUGCUGUUUUUAUGUCAAUCUGGGUAACUUUGUUCCUGGAGUUUUGGAAGCGACACCAGGCAAAGUUGGACUAUCAGUGGGACACUGUGGAGUUUCUGGAGCAGGAAGAGCCACCUCGCCCAGAAUAUGAAGCCAAGUGUGUCUACGAGAGGAAAAACCCUAUCACAGGGGUAAAAGAAAGUGUGCCAUAUACACCCUGUGGACGAUGUGUUCGGGUGUCGAUAGGAAUUGGGACAGUGUUAUUCUGGAUUCUGUUGAUAGUGGCGUCCAUUGUGGCCGUCAUUGUCUACCGCCUGGCUGUAUUUUUUGCCUUCUCUGCUCAACUCAGAGCUCAGGACCUGAAGAAGCUGGAACCCUUAAAGGAGUAUGUGACACCUCAGAUGGCCACUUCUGUCACCGCCUCCCUCAUCAGCUUUGUUGUAAUAAUGACGCUCAAUAUUCUAUAUGAGCGGGUCGCCGUAUGGAUCACUGACUUUGAGCUUCCGCGGACCAAGACAGAAUACGAGAACAGCUUGACCCUGAAGAUGUUCCUCUUUCAGUUUGUCAACUAUUACUCCUCUUGUUUCUACAUCGCCUUUGUCAAAGGAAAAGCGGUUGGCUAUCCCGGGAAGCCUGUUUAUCUCCUGGGACAGUUCCGGAACGAGGAGUGUGAUCCUGGCGGUUGUCUGAUGGAGUUGACAACUCAGCUCUCCAUCAUCAUGGGUGGAAAAGCCAUCUUGAACAACAUCCAAGAGGUCUUGAUACCGUGGGUCAAGAAUUUGAUUUUCCGCUACUGCACCCGGACUUCAGAGAAGGUGAUCCCUCGCUGGGAGCAGGACUAUGAGCUCCAGCCUGUUUCAAAACUAGGACUCUUCUAUGAAUAUCUUGAGAUGGUCAUCCAGUUUGGCUUUGUGACCCUGUUUGUGGCCUCCUUCCCUCUGGCUCCCGCCCUGGCUCUGGCUAACAAUGUGUUUGAGAUUCGAGUUGAUGCUUGGAAAAUCACCACUCAGUUUCGCCGCAACGUGCCAGAGAAGGCCCAGGAUAUAGGUGCCUGGCAGCCAAUUCUUCAAGGCAUCGCCAUCUUGGCUGUUGCAACAAAUGCCAUGAUCAUUGCUUUUACAUCAGACAUGAUUCCACGCUUGGUCUACUACUGGUCUUUCUCUAUGUACCCAUAUGGAGACCAUGCCAACCACACCAUGGAGGGCUACAUCAACAGCUCUCUGUCUGUAUUCAACAUCAACGACUUCUCCAACAAGAGCCAGCCUCUGUACUCUUACAACAUCACCACCUGCAGGUAUCGAGAUUUUCGGCAUCCUCCUGGCCACCCCAGGCAGUAUGAGUUCAACGUCUACUACUGGCAUGUGAUCGCUGCCAAAAUGGCUUUUAUAAUCGUCGUAGAGCACAUUGUUUACUUUACGAAGUUCAUCCUGUCCUACAUGAUCCCAGACGUCCCGUACGCUGUCAAAGAACAGAUAAAACGAGAGAAAUACUUGACCCAGGUUGUCCUCCAUGAGACCAAGCUCAAGUUGGUGACCAAACGUUUGAAACCAGUCUACGACGAGACUGUCGAGAACAUGGAGGUGAACGCGCCGAAGGAGGAGUUGGAACUUCAUUUCUGAAUGUAGAUGAAAAUGUGUAGAAGAGGAGAUGAGACCUUCCUGGGUCUGUCACAUGUUCAUCCCUGACACUGUAUACUGACUAUCCAGUUUUUUUGCAGCACCUGCACAAAUUAGAAGUUGACAUUUUUGGGGGGAAUCCUGUGGGUCACGAGAUUACUGUGGCAUUUCCAUGGAACAUGAGUCAAUUUCACUAUUCAUCACGGGACUGGGACAGGACAGGGAAAAAAAGUCAAUGGGAGCAGACAUAAAAAAAAUGCAGUCUAUUAUAAAUAAAAGCCUUUUUUUAGAUUUAUUUAUUGGGAACAGGAUGGGACGGGAGUCAUUCUUCCGGGAUUGGGCAGCAACAGGAUUUUUUUUUUUUUACGCUUUCAUGGAAAUACAAUUUUUGCGGGAGUGGGAUGGGACAGGAGUGAAAAUCCAUUCCAGUGUCACCCACUAACACACAUCUCUUUAAAUGCUUACCAACACCUUGUGAACAAGUGACAGAAUUAAGACCCGAAACAAGGUAUGGACUUUUGUUAUAGAAAAUGUGUAGCAACCACUAAGAAAGAAGACGUCUGAAGUUUCCUAAGGGGUCGUUGGAUGAAAGAAGUCCAAUGACCCAGUGCAUGUGUCUUCUCUUACCUGUAAGAGUCUCUUUUCUAGUGAAACUAGGGAUGUCAAAUCAAUGCCUCACACUUUGAUACUUCACGUUAAACAGCAUCAACCAUUUAAUGGGUUAAGUAUGAAAAACAAACAAAACAAUCUCAACUUAAUAAUAAUCCUUAUUUGUAGAGCACUUUUCAAAAACAAGUUACAAAGUGCUUUAACAAGUGUAAAGAAUAAUACAAAAAAAAACAAGACUUAAACUUAAAGGUUCAGUGUUUAAGUUUUAGUGACAUCCAGUGGUGAGGGUUGCAAAUUGCAACCAACAGCUCACCCCACUCUCCCUUUGCAAACGCUUAGGAGAAAAUCUGAUUGCUGACACGCUAUGUCAGCUCUUGUGUUAACUAAUAUGUAUGGGCCUCCAUUUGUCCAAAUUUUACGUCUCUUCUUACUUUUGACAACGAUGACUUCCAUGUUCAACGCAGUGAUGAAACUCGCUCUAUAGAGUAGUUUGUUUGGGCUACUGUAGAAGCAUGGCAGUGCAACUUGGCAACUUCCCUGUAAGAGGACCUGCGGUUUAUGCAGAUAGAAAUGGCGCAUUCUAAGGUAAAAAAAACAUAAUGGUUCAUUAUGUAAGGUCUUUAUUCACCACUGAAAACAUAGUCAUGUAUAUUAUAUUGCAUUUCUGUCAGUAGACCCUCCUAAAUUUUACACAGUGUGUGUCCACUUACCAGUUUUUUUCCUAGGGCUUCAAAUGGUUUUCAUCGGCAGAUGAAAAUUUGUAUAUUCCUGGAGAUGGGUCGGUUGACAUGUGAGCCCAGUAGUUUCAUUCAAAGCACUUGUAGGACUUCCCAUCCAUGUUGGCAUAAAAUGUUAAAAACAGUACAUGUUUGGUUGAAAGCUCUGGAAAAAAAGCUAGUGUGUAGAUGGAUAUUUUUACCCCCAUAGUGCCUUCCAGUUUUAUGACAACAUUUAAUGUUUAGCUUGGCUAUAUCAGCAAUGCAAUGUCUCAUUCCAUCCACUGAGCUAUAUGCUGGGGGCUCAAAGCUAUCAUGUACAUGUUACCAGUAAGUGCCCGCUGCCUGGUGAUUGUUUUAGUUUCCAUCAGUAUUAUUAGAUACACCAUUGCACCACUUUCGAAUGCAAUGUUGUUUUUACACUUUUUCAUCUCUAUUACUAGAACUAAAGAGCUGUAGUGACGCUCACAAUGUUACACAAGUGAUGAGAUAGCAGGAGUUUGAACAGACAGAGACUAACUGAUCGCUACAUAUACUGACUAAAUGUGCCUCACAUACCUUUACCUUAAGACUUGAGAUGAGAUGUUUCAAAAGUUACAUUGCUGGCAUGCCAUGUAAAGGUUUGAUGUAUGCAAGUUUAUGAAACCACAAGAAUAAUUUGAAACUGAAUGCUAUUUUAUAAUUUCACCAAAAGCAAUUUAGUUCUAUUUUUAAUUAAACUAUUGAUCAGCCCUUUAAAGUAGUUUAGUUGAUGUUGUGAGUAUAGUCUACCUUUCUUUAUGCAUGUACUCCCAUCUACUUCGCUGUCUUGCACUUUUUAGUUCCAAUCAUGUGCCAUGACCACUGCACUGUACGUUCUGACUGCAUGUUAUAUAAUCCUGUGAUAAAGGCGAUGCAGUAAUUUCAUGUUCUCCUGUCAUUACUGAAAUAGAUAAUCCCUCUGCUGUGCUAUUCCCUCAUCUUGUGAUUUAACCAAGGCACUAUAAGCACCAUGUAUGUAAACAGUAGCAAACAGCUAUAUCUGAUGAUGCAUAUCUGGCUUGUCCUUUUGUUUUAUACAAAAUAUUUUAUAUAUUUUAUACUUUAAUAGGAAUUAAAGAUUAAAAAAAACA